AUGACCGCAGUUAAGCAAAUUCUCACAUACUUAAAGGGCAGCAAGGCUUUAGGCCUCUGGUAUCCAGCAGGGAAUGACUUUAGCCUACAAGCUUUCAAUGAUGCGAAUCAUGCUGGAUGUAGAUUGGAUAGAAAAAGCACUUCAGGUGGCUGUCAAUUUCUUGGUGGAAGAUUCGUUAGCUGGUCAUCAAGGAAACAAAACUGUGUCUCACUGUCUACCACAGAAGUUGAAUAUGUGGUCGCAGCCAGCUGUUGUUCACAAGUUUUGUGGAUGAAAACUCAGCUUACGGACUACGAAUACAGGAUGCUGCGGAUACCGAUUUACUGUGACUCAGAGAGUGCGAUAGCAAUUUACCACAAUCAGAUUGUUGAUGUAUUCGCAAAAGCAGUUGAGUCUACAAAAAUCAACAGUUUCUUACAAAUGUUAUGA